CGUGUUAAUUUAUCCCAUUGGAUUGAGCUGCAAGUGAAUGUAUAUUUAAAAUUAAAUACUUCACCACUUGGUCUGAAGUAUAAAUGUUGUUGUAGACAUGGAUAAGGAGAAUAUGGAGGAAAAAAAAAGUUGUGACGCACUUGAAGCCGCGGACGGAGACAAAAUGGUGGCUGAUCCAACAACAUCAACGCCGCUGGUGCUGCCGCAGACAUUUGAGCACGAGCUUCGUAUUACGGAUGUGGAGGGAGCUGCCGAGCCGCCAGUUGUUAUAGAAUUUGGUGAUGAUGAAGAAGACGAAGCGCCGAUGUUGUCGGAACUGCAGUCGGCGUUAAACGGCACCGCAACUGAGCCGGUCGAAGAAAAGGAUGCUGACGAUGCUGCAUCUGCAAAAACAGAACCCAGCAGCGACGCUGAAAGCUGCAACUCAUACAAUGGACCUGAUCCGAUGGGCUUACUGGAGCGUUUGGAUAGAAAUCACGAUAUUGAAAUCGAUGAUGAUGAUGAUGGUAGCGAUGAUGAAUCUGGCAGCAAUAGGUCUGGUCCUGGUUUAAGCAAGGCUGAGCGCUGGCAGCUGUGGAUGAAGCGCUGGGAAUGGCUGAUACACGAAGAAGACGAUGGCAACUUUGCGUUCUGUCUCUACUGCAACAUUAUAAUUAACGUUAACAAUAAGUCAAAGUAUAUUGCCCAGCAUAAUAUGUCAUUGUACCAUCAGGAGCGCGAGAACAACUAUGUCGCCUUCAGGAACAGCGAAGAGCAGACACGUGGCGUCACCAGCAUCAGUGAGCUUAAACAGGAGUUCGGCACGGACAGUUAUGCGGCGGCCAUAAAGAAGAAGCGAGCAAACGAAGUGGAGACCUUAAAUAACUUUAACUGGUUACGUUGGCUGCAGUGGCAUCCUUGGCUGGAGCGUAUACAGCCCGAGGGCACCAUCGGCUUGUGCAAGUAUUGCAACAUCCGGUUAAACGUCGAAUUUGUUUACCUACGGAAGCGUCACGAAAACACAAUCCGUCAUCGUGAAGGCGAGAAUCAAUUUAAAAUGCAAGAGUCCCGCAAGCGAAAACGCAGCGACAGUAACAAUGAUAUAUCUGUCGAUGAUGAACCAGAGCUAGAAGCAGCCCCCAGUGAAGGAUCAGCCGUUGUCGAUAAAGUAAGUGGAUGGUGCGAAAUUAAAGCUGGCACAAAUCCGGUGCAGUGCCGUUGCACUUUAUGCGACAUCCAAAUGAGGUUAAGCAGCUUCAGGAGGCAUUGCGGGAUAAAUGUACAUCUUAAUAAUUUGGAAAAAUUCAGAAAAAAAGAUCGCGGUAUUUGGGCUCAGUAUGCUGACCUACACCCCUGGCUGGGGCCCGAUCCCAGGGAUCCCAGCAUUGCGUACUGCAAUGUGUGUGAAAAGCGUUUCAUGUAUGGCCAUUCACAAAUUAAACGGAAAACCCACGAAAAUUCAAGUAAUCACAUAGCAGCUACCAAUCGCCAACCAACUGAUGGAAGCAAAACAGCGGAGGAUAUUCAACAAGAGAGUACUGCUGAACCGUCAGAGCCCGAAAGCGAAUCGGUUAGCUAUCAAGAUAUUGGAGAUGAUGACGCGUCAUCGUCCUCUGACAGCGAAGCAGAGAAAAAGCGCAAAACCAAGGCUGACAGCCGCAACGCCAAGAAGUCAGCAAAGGUUGUUCGCCACUUUUCCUGGUUGCGCGUUUCUAAGGAUCGCAAGAUGCAGAUCUGUAAAUUCUGUCGCGUGCGCAUUUAUAGUGAACACGGAAAACUACGCCACGAGCAGAGCAAUCAACAUCAAAAAACAGUCAAGCAGUUUAAGGCACAACACUUGGCAGUCAGAAAGGACCACCAACAAAAGAAGGAAGAGGCUGUCGAGAAUUCAGACUCUGCACCUACAGAGAAAGCAUCUAACACAUCAAGCAAAGCUCAGAAGGCACCGCCUGUCUCAAUGCAGAGUAAAGUGUUGCUCUGGAAAGAUCGUUUUCCCUGGCUGUCUUAUAAGCGUAACGAAAUACGCCCGAACUACGGAUGGUGCAAACUGUGCGAAAUGUCUUUAUAUCUACCUAGCUUCAAAUUUGCAUCAAAACACCAGCGCAGCACUCGGCACAUACGUCUUCGCCAUGAACGCAAGCGCCAGGGUCCGGCGGUGGCAGCUAAAGCCGUAGCCGAAGGUUCCGAAGAAGUCGCUACAACUACUCCCGCCGUUUUAACCCCUGGAGAGGCCAAGAACAAAGCGGCGUUGGCCGAGUUGAAAGCGAAAUAUGAAUGGUUGGAACCGGACCCUAAUGAUGAAAACUAUUGCUUUUGCAAGCAAUGCGAAACGCGAUUGCCUAUCAAAGUGUUCUUUUUAAAACAACAUCAUUUUUCACGCAAGCAUGCAGACCGGUUGAAGAUGACCGCUGAGGCAACCACAGCCUCCAUCCACCCGCUUAAGAUAAGUCCCAGAGCGUCUACGACCAUGCCGGAGGCAGACCCUGAGCCAGAUGUCUCUAUUUUGGAAGUGGAUCAAGAAAAUUCCGAAGUCGUUAGCAUUAAAUCCGAAGACUCGGGCGAUGAGCCAGACCCCAAGCGAAUGCGCCGCUCUAUUGAUGUGCGGCGUCUUUUACGCGUAUUGCGUAACUCUGUUGGUAAGCGGCAGGAUGAACGCAGCCAAAUAGACUUGGCGAAGGAUAUGAUUUGCUCCUCGUUUGAUAUUGUGACGCGUUUGCGCGCAUUGGACGACUCCAGCGUUCCUGGUAAUUCGCGCAUAAUGCCAACGCAGGCGCCAAUGUCUGCGUCUGUUGGGGCAUCAACGCAGCCUCGGGACACCAUUGAUUUGUUUUUCGAGAGCAUUACUCAAACAGUAAAGGCACUGCCGACGGAUCUGGCUGCAGAAGGCAAGGCCAAAAUCAUGCAAAUCAUAUGCGAUCUAGAGUUGCGCGCUUUGCGGCGUUCGACAAAUGCCGGAGACACUGGGCAGCAGCAGACUACGCCCCCAUCGGCCGUAGUGCAGUCGCCAACACAGCCAACGCCACCAUUGAGCAGCUCAGGUAAAAGUAACAAUGAUGCUGUCGAAAGCGUCGAUUUGGGUACAUUCGAAGAAAUAGCCGCUACGCCCAACUCGCCAACCUCUUCUGUCUUAUCAUCCAUAACCAUUGAGGAUACGGACGAUCUACCAUCAACACAACUAGCAACACUGUUGACUAACAACCACAGCAACCAAACAAAAUCGAACAAUCGCAUCGAUUCUGAUCCAAAAGUGCAAAGUGCUCCAAACACACCCAUUACGAAUGGAUCCGCGCCUAGACAUUCCCAAGAGCAAUUGCGCCGCCUACUGCCAUCCAUGCAGGUGACAGCCAGAACAACCGAGGCAGAAACUUUGCGUUGCGUACCUCUAAAUAAGCUUAAAGCCACUCCAACGCCAUCGCAUGUCGUAAAUGGUCGGGGAAUGAGCAGCUCUGCAGGUAUGACUUCCACACCCAUUAUGCAGCGCAAACCGAGUUCUCUGGCCGCUGCUUUGAAUGCUCCGAUGACCACCGUUCCUCACAUUCAAAAUCCUGCAUCUGUUUCUGCUAACGUCGUCAAUGCAAAUGGCAGUAUAUUGCGCAAAAUUCGGGUUAGCAGCGGCAACCAGAACAAGUAUAUAUCGGUUCAACAAGUACAACAACAGCAGCAGCUAGAACAACAACAACAGCAGCAGCAACAGCAGGCCCAGAUGCGCAACAUGAACCGAAAUGUUUUAUGUCGCAUGCCAAACAACAGCAGCAACAGCAACGGCAGCAACAGGCCAAUGCAGCAGUAGUAGAACUAACAUAAGACUAUAUUAUUGGGGAAGUUAUAUAUUUUAUUUUUUAUUAUCUUUAUCGCACCUAAAUGCAAAGAACACAUAAACUUCAUCAUUGUUUAUCAUUUUUCAUGAAAUAAAAUUUCAAAUUUAUUCGCUAUUAUUAUAAUA